CAGGCUUUUAUUCCAUAAAUAAAAAGCAAGUGUGCGCCCCCGCGAAUUUUGAUGGUGCCUUUAUUUAGAAAACAAUUGUUUUCUUUGUCCAAAUACGUUUGGACGCAAAAUGGUGUGUGAAAAAAUGUAUCUUCAGAUCAACCUUCAAGCGCCUAUGAAUCUUCAGCCACCUUCGGGGGUGUUAUUUACGCCUAUGAGGCUCAUAGUAUGGGCGUUGAGUAAAAAGUUUCUUUCACACCUUUGGCGUAGUUAGUGGAGAAUGCGAACAAACCUUUUAGGUUAAAAACAUGGCAACACUGCCAAGAUCUAUUUUUAUACCUUCCAUCGUAUCAAAACAUAAGUUUAAUAUUUUGUUAUAAUAAUUUUGGUUAAAAAUGGGUGUACCGAAGUUUUUUAGGUAUAUCUCCGAAAGAUAUCCAUGUUUAAGCGAACUGGUUAAAGAAUACCAGUUGCCUGAGUUUGAUAAUCUUUAUCUGGAUAUGAACGGGAUUAUUCACAAUUGCUCCCAUCCAGAUGACAACAAUCCCCAUUUCAGAAUUACAGAGGAAAAAAUCUUUCAGGACAUCUUUCAUUAUAUUGAGGUACUUUUUCGUAUGAUACGUCCACAACAGUUAUUUUUCAUGGCUGUGGAUGGAGUGGCUCCCAGAGCUAAAAUGAACCAACAGAGAGGUAGAAGAUUUAGGUCUGCCAAGGAUGCAGAAAAAAUGGAGAAAGAGGCCAAAUCAAAGGGAGAAAAAUUGCCUGACACUGCAAGAUUUGAUUCAAAUUGUAUUACACCUGGAACACCUUUUAUGUACAAAUUGCAGGAAGCUUUAAAAUACUUUGUUGUCGAUAAAAUUUCAAAUGAUCCAUUGUGGAAAAAGUGUAAGGUUAUACUUUCUGGACAUGAGACUCCAGGUGAGGGUGAACACAAAAUUAUGGACUAUAUUAGAUAUAUGAGGGCUCAGCCAGGGUAUGAUCCCAAUACUAGACAUUGCCUUUAUGGCCUUGAUGCUGAUUUAAUUAUGUUGGGACUUUGUACACAUGAACCACAUUUUAGUUUGUUAAGAGAAGAGGUUAAAUUUGGACGAAAGUCAACAAAAAAAAUUUCAGUACCUGAAGAAAUAACGUUUUUUCUUUUACAUUUGUCUCUGAUGAGGGAAUAUUUGGAGUUGGAGUUUAAAACUUUGGAAGAAAAAUUACAGGGUUUUCAGUAUGAUUUUGAGAAAAUUAUUGAUGAUUGGGUUUUGAUGGGAUUUUUGGUGGGAAAUGAUUUUAUACCACAUUUGCCAAAUUUGCACAUUGCAAAUGGGGCUCUGCCUAUUUUGUACAAGGCCUACAGUGAUGUGCUCCCAGAGUUAGGAGGUUACAUAAACGAAGGAGGCAAACUAAACUUGGAACGUUUCGAAAAAUUUAUGGAAAAACUGUCUAAGAUUGACAUGGACAAUUUUGAGGAUAUCCAAGAAGACAUUACGUACAUGGAAUCAAAAACCGGACGGAAGUUCAACCCGUUCGAUAUGGAUUUGCGACCUGACAACCUGCAGGCGUGGAAACCGGAAGACGGAGACGACUUGAAAACGGAAGCUCUGCAACCGGAAAACGAUCUAGCCGCCUUGAUUAAGGCCACGGACGAUAUGUUUAUUAAUUCUUCUGAUGAUACUUCAGAUGAUGAUGAUGCCUUUGAUAUGUAUAAAAAGGAAUACUACAGGACUAAGAUGGAGUAUGCAAAAGUUACACCUGAAGUAAUGAGAGACCAAGCAGAAGGUUACGUAAAGGCCAUCCAAUGGAAUCUAAACUACUACUACAAUGGAUGUUGUUCCUGGUCAUGGUAUUACCCCCACCACUACGCCCCCUAUAUUUCUGAUAUCAAAGGUUUCACCAACUUGAAAAUCGAAUUUGAUCUUGGAAACCCAUUUAAACCUUUUGAACAAUUGUUGGCAGUGCUGCCAUCAGCAAGUAAAAUGCAUUUACCUGAAGUGUAUCAUGGUCUUAUGACCGAUGAUAUUUCUUUGAUUAAACAGUAUUAUCCAGAAGAUUUCCAAACUGAUUUAAAUGGUAAAAAACAGGAAUGGGAAGCUGUUGUUUUGGUUCCAUUUAUUGAUGAGAACCUUUUGCUUGAAGCCAUGGCACCGUGCAACCAAAAAUUGUCUUUGGAAGAGCAGUCGCGCAACAAGCACGGGCCGAUGUGCGUUUACAGGUGGGUUGAGCGUUCCCUUGGCUCGUACCAAGCUCCAGACCAUUUUAAGGACAUCGGCGAAAACCACGCUUUCCUUAAAAGUCUCUCUAUCGACGACAUCAGGGUGCCUGUGGAUAAAUUGGUCAAAGGCGCAUAUCCCGGUGUCAAGAUGAACGUUUAUUAUCCAGGUUUCCCCACCCUAAAACAUCUGAACUAUAGGGGAGAGCUUAAAUUAAACAAAAUCAAAGUUUUCGAUCAACCAAGCAGGAAUGAAAAUAUGGUAAUAAAAAUCAUACCAGAUGAAAAAUACUUGGGUGAUUCAAUACCUGUUGAUCUUCUAGGAACAACAAUUUUUGUUGGUUGGCCACAUUUGGUUGAAGCAAAAGUUAUUGCUAUUUCCAAUAGCAAAAGAAAAUAUGUUAGCAUGGGAUCCCCCGGAGAGUACGAUAUAAAUGACAAACUUGGCGACGAAAAAGCCUUUAAAUACGAAUACGACGGCAUAAUUGAAUACUAUAAAACAAGAAUGGGCAUAGAUUGCGGUGAAACUAAAGUCCUGAUGCACGUGCAAGUUAUGAUUGGUCGCAGGUAUGUGUUUUCGCCGCAAGGAAGGCUCUCAUUGGACAAACAAUUCGCCAAAGAAGAAUCAAGAUACCCGCUACAAACAACCGUUUUUAAUAUCGAUGCGUACGAUUCUCACAAUUCGACAUUCAAAGAUAUACACAGCGUUUUACCCAUCGGCAGCGAAUGCUUUUUGAUUACCAAUCCAUACUAUGGAUCUCAAGGAACGAUCUUGGAUAGUUCGGAUACACUUAAAAACGGCCGUCUUAAAGUUUGUAUAAGCGUAGUGGAGGAGCCGGAUAUGUCAUCUGUUUUUGUUAAACAUGAACAAAUGAAAAAUAUGUAUAUGUCAACGCACACUGCGUCUCAAACUUUAGGUAUGCCGCCGUAUUUGUUCUCGAAAAUUACCGGGUGCGUUUUUAUAACGGCUCGCAAUAACGAAGGUGGUUUGAAAAACGUCAAUGGUGGAUUGGAUUUAAAAUUUAACAAGAGAAAUAAGGAAAUUCCCGGUUACACAAAAAAAUAUGGCAACACGUGGGUGUAUACAGCGAAAGCCGUCGAUUUGGUGUUGGAAUAUUGCGAACGAUUUCCGGAACUAGUUCAAUUUUUGUCCAAGGGUGCCAAGCAAGAUGGAAUCGCAGCUGAAAUACUGUUUGGAGAUAACUGGGACGUAAAAAUGAAGGAAUUAAACAAAUUUUUGAAAGAGUUGCCAACACACAGCAUAGAAAAACGAACAUGUGGAUCUGAGGCGUUUGAAAAAGAAAUUGUCGAUGAUAUUGAAAAAAUCAUAGACAGCCAGGCUGACAAACUGGUAGUCAAGAAAGUCACCAUGCAAGUCAAGCCUGGAUUUUUGUACAGGCCUGAGCUUCAAAGUGGGACACUGAUGCCAGAUCCUACAAUGCGCGCAGAAAUUCUGGACCGAAUCGUGAACGUUCGUACCGGGUACACGGUACCGUUCGGUCUUAAAGGUACCAUAAUUGCUAUACAAGAACCCAGCGAUGGUAACGACAGGGAUAUUCUUUACGAUGUCGUGUUUGACAAAUCCUUUAGGGACGGUAUGACUUUAAAUUGCUCCGAAGGAAGAGGAUAUCGUUUGCCAAGCAAUGCUUUUAUAAAUUUGACGCACGGCAAAAGAAAGAUGGAAGCUCGAACAGGAAAACCAGGAGAUUAUAUGGGUGAAUAUGGAAACAAAACGGAGGCAACAGAGAGACGCGAGCCCGUCAAGUCGAACAACUUUUUCACUCCGUCCGCAUUCGCAUCGGUUCCGCAGAGUCCGCAGAAUCAAAAAUAUCCACCAGAUCAGCCGAGAAUCAAGAUUAAUCCACAGAAUAUCAAAGUACAAACGCCGCCAAAAGGCGAUUUUAUGCCAGAUUUUGGUGGCAAUGCGUCCGAGAAAAAGGGAAAUAACCGGAAUAGGAAUGGAAAUAAAGUUCCUAAUCAACCUUUAAAUAUGGUACCAAGAGUGGAUACUGAUAUGUUGAAAAAACUACUAAAAAUUGGCAGCGACGAUAAUAAAAAUAAUAAACCGACACCAAAGCCAACCGAAACAAUGCCUCCACUAGAAAAUAAAAUUAAUGUGGCUGAUAUUUUUGCAAAUGCAGGUACUGCAACAGUUAGGUUGUUAACCUACUUCCAAUCAAACAACUUAGGUCUGCCAAGGUAUCAAUACUUUGAAGAAAACAAUGGCAUUGUAGCCCAGUUAAUCCUUCCACCAAAAGGCCUAAUGGUUGGAAAACUUUGUUCAAAUAGAGAAGAAGCCAGCGAGAGUGUAGCUGAAGCCGCACUUAAUGAAUUUAUGAAAAAAGGUAGCGAAAGAACUGUAGAAGUUGUAAAUAACUUCCCAGCCCCGCCUAAAACGUGGGUACAGCCACCACCAUCAGCCCCACACCCUAAAAGAGACUCUGGAAACAAUUCAUCUAAUUCAAAAUCCCAAAAUGGCCACCACAACAAAAGCCAAAAUUUAGUGUCAACCAACUCCUUUAUACCGACUCAGGCCUUAAAACGACAAGCACAAAAAAAUGCUCAACAUGGAAACUCGUCUAAACAUACAGGUGCUGAUAAUGUGAAAUCCAGCCCUUCAAAUACGAGUUUAAAGGAAAAUAAACAGUCCCCAAAAAAGAAUGAUAGGCCACGAAGGGAAAGAAAAACCAGAAUUGCUGCUAAUUUUUGUAAUCAAUGAAUAUUUCAUUAUCUGACUUAUAUACUUGUAAGAAUA